AUGAGCAAUUUCAACUUGAAAUACAAAUUGUUAGAGACUAAUGCUGGAAUAUUAUACUAAGCAGAGGAAGAAAAUGAAAGGCAAAAAAUAAAUUACUAUGCAUAUGAUUUAUCACCUGAUUUUCAAGAAAGAUGCUUUAAAGAGGAGGCAAAAAUAGAAAAUUGUAAAUCAAUUCGGCAGCAUGUGAAAUAAAUCCUUUAUUAAAAUAAACCAAGGAUUCUUUUUCAGUAUUAGGAUGGCUUAACUCUAGAUAGAAUUAUUUAAGAAUAUAGGGCAAAAAAGGAAUCUAUUGCUUUUACUGAAAUUCGCCUCUAUUUAAUUUAGAUUCUUGAUACACUAUACCAUCUUCAUAGUCAUUAUAUCUUAGGUCGAGUAUUUUCAACUAAAAAUAUUCUCGAUUGCUAAGGAUAAAUUUUAUUCCUGGACUUUGGAUUUGGCCCAAAAAUUAUGGAGUAAAAUGUCGAUUUAAUUGCACCACCUGAAAUAAUUGAGAGUGUAUUUCUUGAGAGAGAAUAAUCUCAUAAUUAAUACAAUAUGAAGGUUGAUUCUUGGCUAUUAGGAGCAGUGCUGUAUCAUUUAGUUAAAUUAAGUCCUAUAAACACAAUAGAAAUAGAGAAAGGGAAAGUCAAAUGCAUGUAAUUUAAAGACACUCCUGCAUAUUCCGCAUAUUUAAAUAAUAGAAUAAACCAGAAUAUUAAACACAUAGAAGCAUUAACUGACAGAUAUGACAAGGAGUUUUGCUACUUUAUCUAAGGACUAUUAACUUACGACCCUAAUAGCAGGCUUUCAUUUUUAUAAAUUUAUAAACAUAGUUUUAUUUAAAACUUAAAAAUUCCAAAUUACCAAACUUAUUUGUAAUUUUAUGAAAAUUACAAUGAAUAACAAUUGAUCAAAUAAAUAAUGUUGUACGAAGAUCAUGGUUCUAAAAUAUUGAAGACUGGGUUACUUCUGAAUGGAUAAAAUCUUUAAUAACAAAUCGUAUAACCAGAGGACAACAUUCCUCACUUGAUUCUCGACAGUAAUAGGUAUAUUCAAAACAAUGAAGAUAUUGAAUUUCCAUUAACUUCAUAAAGAUUAAGUGAAAGUAUUCAGUCGGAAGUAAAGGAUAAUAGUAUAGAAUAUUUAUUUGUGCAUCAGAUAUAAGGCCUGAAUGAAUCUUCAUUUUAUUAAAUAUGGUUACGAAUAAGAAUGGAAUUAUUCAGAUUUACAUUUUUAGAACUAGUUGCUUAAGAACUUUAAGAAGAAUUACCAAAAAAAGAGUUUAAGUUAGAGCAUGUUUGUGCUUAUUCUUUAAGAAAGAUGGGAUAUUUAAUUUUGAUUGAUUUAUAAAAGAAAAUCAAUGAAGAUGUUUUUCCCUGGAAAAGUCAUCAACAGGAUAAUUAAAAAUGGAAAGACUUUUAGAAGGAAACUUAGAAAUCUAUUUUGGAAAACAAUAUCAAAAGGAAAAUUAUAGAGAUGGAGCCGACCCUCAAAGAAGAAUUUCUAACACAUUGUAAAAUCUAUUUAGAUGAUUAAAGAAUUGAUAAGGUUAUUCGAGAAGAAUUAUAAGCAGAUGAGAGAUGUUUCUAAACUUAAAAAAUAGAAAGUCAACCAAUUUAUAAAACUUAUUCUAAUGACUUUUUGAAAAAAGGAUAUCGAUAGAUUAUGUAAAUGGCGUACAAUUUUUUAUAACGAGAGCAGAAACUCGCUAAAAAGCCAGAAUUAAAAUAUAAUACCUUAUUGCUGAAAAUUAUAAUAUGCCAUUUAAUUAAUAGGAUAUUCAAUCUUGAUAGAUUAUCAGUUUCAUUUAAAAGAAUUUUACAAAGCAGAAACAGGCCUCCCUUAAGCCUGAUUAGUCCAAAUGAGAUAUAUGAAUACAUUUGCAGAGAUGGAGAAAAUGAAAAAAUUCAAGAUAUUCAGUACCUUUUAUAAGUUGAAUCUGAAUGA